AUGGCUAACCUUGAGAAACUCAUCAUCCACUGGGUGCCCUCGACCCGUGGCGCCCGGAUCAUCUGGCUCGCCAUUGAGCUCGGCUUACCUUACGAAGUGAAGCAGACGGUGAAGCUGGCCCCCUACUUGAAGGAGAUCCACCCUUACGGUAAGAUCCCCUUGGCUGAAGUGAAGUAUUCUGACGGCCGCACCGUGGUGUUGGAGGAAUCGGGCCACAUCAUUUCCUACCUUUUACGUCACUUCGACACCGACAAGAAGUUGCUGGGGAAGACGCCCGAGGAGUUUGAAGAGGUCGACUUCCACCUCCACUGGUCGGAAGGGUCGUUGAUCGCCGAGAUUUUGCCGUUGUUUAUCAACAAGGCUCAUAAGUGGGCCGACUCCGAGCUCACCACCAAUGUGUUCUCUCCUCACGCCGAAGAGGCGAUCAACUACCUCGAAACGGUGUUGGCUAAGCAAGCGGCUCAGGGCAACAAGUACAUUGUUGGCGACCACUUGACUGCCGCCGACAUCAUCAACCACUUGCCGGUGGCGAUCUACGUCGGCGCUAAGCUUGGUCCUGCUGGUCCCAACGUACAAAAGUGGCUCAAGCAAAUAGAGCUGGAAAAGUCGUUCCAGGAAUCGCACAAGAACGAAGGCACCCCUCCCUGGGCCUCGUGA